AUGACACAGUCUGACAAAGAGCCUGAACCCACACCUCACAGCCGGACUUUUCUUGCGUUUCUAUGGCUGGAACUACUUCUUUUCCCGUUUCUAUUUGUUAUUAUGCUUAUCGUUUUAAUUGCUUUUACCAAUGAAUAUUUUAAAGGUGUAAAGAGCACACCCGAGGCUCUCCACCCUCCUUAUAGUCCAUAUGUCUGGACAAGUGCCGUCGCACCUAUUGCUAUUUCCAGCCUCGGUCUAACCUGGGCGGUUCUAUCAUGGUGGCACCAAUUCACUAUCUUAAAACAUAGCAAACACUGGUGGGCCGCAACAACAGUCUUCCGACUAUGCAUCACGGUAAUCCUAGUCGUCACUGCUGUGUUAACCGCCCAAUUCCUACCACUACCGCUAGGAUCAUGCGAGAACCAGCGCAAAUGGAGACCCGAGGCUAAUGUUGACCCGCUCACGCCAACACUCUUCGAACUCCUCCCGAAGGGAUGGUGGUGGAGCAAAAAGUCCCAUCGGUACUUCUAUAUGGAUAACUGCCAUCGGCUGGUGGAGAUUUGGAAAUUGGACAUUGCGGUAGCUGCUCUGUACUUUGUUACUGCUUGCUGCUCUGGUUAUAUCUCGGUGGCGACGUAUGUGAGAGAAUCCAGGACGAAGUCGGUUCUUUGA